CCUAUAUUGGCAAGCUCUAAACAGUCAGUUCGUGAAGUCGUCAGCCAGUCUAAAAUAUACGGACUGGAAAUCUCACGGUUAGUGCCACACAUGGAGGACGAUAUAAUUUUAUAAAAAUAAGUUUUCGAAUAGUGAAUCAUAUAAGGAAGCUUGGCAUUUUGCAGAUGAAAAAUAUUUUUUGAAAUGUUUUCCAGUAUUCCCAGGUCGUUUUUGUGCUGCUCCAACACAAUAGUCCCGAAUCGGGCACUUGCGUUAGCACUAACAAAAUGUCCAGCAUUAUUAGAACCGGCGUCGCAAUGUCGGAACUACCACGAGGUGACCGGCAAUAUUAUAUGCCCCAACAUGGUGAGGGGUAUCGAUCACCUCAGAGACCCUCGCCUUAACAAGGGUCUUGCAUUUACGUUAGAAGAGCGUCAAGCCCUUGGCAUUCAUGGUCUCUUAGCGGCCAAGUUUAAAUCACAAGAGGAACAACUGGAUAUUUGCAGAAUAUCAAUCGAUAGAUAUGAGGACAAUCUGAACAAAUAUCUUUACCUCGUCGAGUUACAGGACAGAAAUGAGAAAUUGUUCUUCCGACUUUUGUCGGAAAACGUCGAAAAGUAUUUGCCAAUUGUUUACACACCCACCGUGGGCUUGGCCUGCCAAAGAUUCGGUCUCAUUUAUAGAAGACCUAGAGGUCUUUUCAUCACCAUCAACGAUAAGGGACAUAUAUUUAAUAUUCUCAAAAAUUGGCCUGAACCUGAUGUUCGUGCUAUAGUAUUCACGGAUGGAGAACGUAUCCUCGGCUUGGGAGACUUGGGUGCAUAUGGUAUGGGUAUACCUGUGGGUAAACUCUCUUUGUACACAGCGCUGGCUGGUAUAAAGCCACAUCAAUGUCUUCCGAUCACAUUGGACGUCGGAACUGAUAACCAGGAUUUACUGGAAGACCCACUUUACAUCGGCUUGCGUCAAAAGAGAGUGAGGGGUAAAGAGUAUGACGAAUUUAUUGACGAAUUCAUGGAAGCGUGUGUCCAAAGAUAUGGACAGAACACACUGUUACAGUUUGAGGACUUCGCGCUCGGUAACGCCGGUCGUCUCCUCGCGAAGUACAGAUACAAGUAUUGCACGUUCAAUGACGAUAUCCAAGGAACCGCCAGCGUGGCCGUGGCCGGUAUGAUGGCAGCAGUCAGGGUCACUAAGAGGAAACUCAGCGAAAACAUCUAUUUCUUCCUUGGAGCCGGUUCUGCUGCAAACGGUAUAGCAAACCUUACUGUUGCCGCGAUGGUGUCUGAAGGUUUGACUGAGAAGCAAGCUCAAGAUCGAGUUUACAUGUUCGAUAUUGACGGACUUUUGUCUACGAGACGAGAAGGCGGUGUUCCCCCUCACGCGAAGGUCUUCGGCAAGGAUGUCGAGCCCGAGAAGGACUUUGAGAAGUGCAUUGCAAAGAUUAAACCAAGCUGCCUUAUUGGUUGUUCUACUGUGGGAGGUGCGUUUACCCCGAACGUUUUGAAGCAAAUGGCUCUGAACACCGAACAUCCGGUUAUCUUCGCCCUCUCCAAUCCCACCAGUAAAGCAGAAUGUACCGCUCAGGCAGCAUACGACAACACUGAAGGUCGCUGCAUUUUUGCUUCGGGCUCCCCCUUCCCCCCCGUUCAAUAUGGCGGCAAGGAGUACCUCACGGGACAAGGGAAUAACUCUUACAUCUUUCCUGGAGUGGCUCUCGGGGUUAUCGCGACGGCGACCCAUCACAUACCGGAGACCAUGUUCUUGACUGCUGCUCGGACUCUAGCUAACUAUGUUAGCACAGAUGAUCUGGCGCUUGGUCGUAUUUAUCCAUCUCUCGCUGAAGUGAAGGAGGUUUCACUCGCAAUAGCAAUAGAGGUCGCCAAGAUGGCUUACGACGAAGGUCUUGCUUCAGUUUAUCCCCAGCCGAAGGACCUAGCUAAGCAUGUCGAGAACCAGAUGUAUAACUACAACUACGAGAGCUCCAUGCCCAUCGUGUGGGACUGGAAACCAGAAGAGAAGUUCAACAUUAGACCCAUACAACCAGUACCCAAAAAUAUUUAAACAGUAUUUCUUUUUAAUUAUUCAAAACUAUUUGCGACAAGGUUGAAAGAUUUUGUUUUUUUUUUUUAAAUGAUUAUUUGAUACACAAUGUAUUACCUCCGUAUUAACUAAUUUUUAAGGUUUUUAUGAAACGAGAUUGAAUAAGUCAAGUUAUUAUAAUGAUACUAGAGUAAUUGUUGAUUAUAAGGAGAGCUAUAGUCCUAUUAAAAAUAUUGCAUGAUUAAAUUAAGUAAAAUUGUAGAAAUAAUCAAUUAUACGUAUAUUUCUAAAAAUUUCCAUCAGUCAAUGUGUUCAAACUGUGCACAGAUUAAAUAUUAGAAAUUUCUAGAAUUACUAUAAUACCAUGACUUGUUUGAUUCGACAAUGAAAAACAACGCUUCUAAAGCAACUGUAUUAAGAAUAUAUUUUGAAGAUCAAAGAGUAUUUAUAAAAUUUAAUUGAUGCAUAUUUUGAUUUGUAAACACAAUUUUUGUCUGACUUCUAUAUAAAAAAAAACUAUUUAUCGUAGUUUGUAGCUAUGGUUACUCUAUAAUAUUUAUUGUAUGUAUGUUUGUGCCAGUAGAUGUAAUACCGUUAUUUGUGCGACGUAUAUGUGGCCAUUAUCGCUUGAGCCCCGUUUACGACUAAUACAAAUUCGGUAAUAUUAGAUCUGUUUCGUGCAAAAAAUAUUUUAAUUAUUUUUCAAAUUUAGUGAAUUUUAACGAUUCUUAACUGGUUUUAAAUUAUUAGUUACGUUUUAUAAAACCUUUGCCCGUGUAUUUUUGAGUAUUACGUCAUUUCUGUACGAAAUUCAACGUCUAGUCACCGCAGCAUUACGUCAUCUAAUACUAUACUUAAAUUCUUACUUUUAAAUAAUAAAAUAACAUAAAAGACAUGUAGGGACAUUAUUUGUAAGAAAAUGUAGAUCCAUAAUGUAUUUAUAUAUCAACUUUUAUCUACUUGUAUAUUAGGCCCUAAAUUGGUUCAAUCGACCACAAAGUGAGACAUUAUAUUUAUAAUUAUUUACUUAUGUACGUUACACAACUAAACAGUUGAACGUGUUUAAUUAACUUUGACGAAUGCUUUAUGUCAUCAGCUAUAUACUUCGACUGGGAAUAAAGUAUACGUAUUUCGUUCAGUAUUUUAAUAUAGUGAGACAGGUUUUAUUUUCGCUGAGCGAAAAAUUUUUAAUAAAUAUUAAUUUAUGUUGAUUCAAGUUUUGUGUAAAUUUAUGUUAAACCCGGUAUCUUUUGAUACGAAGUGAUUAUGUUGCUGUGAGGUGUAUGUAGGUUUCGAACUAACUACCCGUGUUAAUGUUUAAAUUAAUUUGUUGGUUUUGCUUGUUCUGUUCUGUUAUG